GUCGAAGGUGGUUGGGGUUGACUCCGUGUAAUGUGUGGGUUGUUGAUUUGGUUCGUUGAUGUGACUGCAGAGGCCUAUUUUCUCACCAAAUGGUCGGUAUCUUGAGCUCGUCUAAGGGGAGCAGGCAUGGAUAGGACAAUUUGAUCCUCCGUCACGCCCAACUCAAACUCUGAUUUCGUUGGCUCACCCUAGGGUGUUGGAGUUCGUUAAGAUGAACUCUCUUCAUGUUCCCCACCCCUAUCCCCCUUUCAUCUCUGUCUUAUCUUUCAAUGAUUGGGCAUACAUCGUAUGCGCCUCCACGUAUGAUAAGGAGUAUUUCUCGCAGAUGACUAAGGCGUAUGUGUUAGCAGCUCUUGACAUGAAGGAGGAUGACCGGUUAGUUGACGCUUCGAUUAGGGACGAGAUCAUGAUGAAGAAGAAAGUCCUCAUUGAUCUGUCGAAUGCUACCUCCGAAUUUCAUUCUGAUCUCGUCCAUUCUGCCGCAUUAGAUCCUGCACCCUCUACUGGUGUUGCUGAUGAUGGUACUGUGCCAACUCCGCUUAUAGGAGGGGGCAGAGCUGAUCCUCACACUCCCUAUGUUGUUGUGCUUGCUGCUGCAGUUGGCAAGGGCCCUCCCUGCAGUUUAGCGGCAGGUGCGACACCGCUUGUUGGUGUUGUUGCACCUGUUGUUGCUCCACUUGAGCUUGCUCCUGCUGACAUUGCUGGUGGAGCCACAACUGGUGUUGUAGCUGCUGCUAUUGUGCCGGUUUGGGCAGCUGUAGGUAUUGUUGAGGCUGUGGCUGCGAAUGCGAGUGCUGUUGUUGUUGCAUCAUUUGCAAUUGCGCCUCAUGCUGUUGUCGUUGAUGGAGCUCAUGUUGUUGUUGUUGUAUCAAGCGUUGCUGCUGCUGUUGGGCGUCUGGCUGAUGCUGUUGCUCAGGCCCUUGUUCUUGCUGUUGUUGAUGCUGAGAGAGCAUGUGAUGUUGUUGCUCCAUCAGCAUUCAUGCGUUGUAGGGUUGCUGAUGUUGCUACCGUGGCUGCACCUGUUGGGCCAAUUGUUGCUGCAUUUGCAGUUGUGCCACAUGGGCUUGCUGUGUCUGCUCAUCCGGGUGUUGUUCUAGCAGCGGUUGUGCCUUUCGGUCUUGCUCCUGCUGCCACUGGGCCAGCAUCUACGGUUACUGUUGCAUUUGCAGUUGUGCGCCGUGGUGUUGCAUUUGUAGUUGUGCAUCGUCGGGGUGUCGUUGCAUUUGCAGUUGUGCAUCGUAGGCUUGCUGAUGUUGUUGUCUUGCCUGCAUCUCUCGAGCAAGUUGUUGCUGCAUUUGGAGUUGUGCCACUCGGGCUUGCUGUGUGUGGUCGUCUCGGUGUUGUCCUACCAGCGAUUGUGCGGUAGAUGCUGCUGCUGUCUGUGAUGCACCUGCUGGUGUUGCUAGACUGAAGUGAGCAAGAG